AUGGAUAGUGCAUCCUGCAUCAUACUCUAUCUUGCAGAGUUAUAUGGUGAAGGGACGCGCAACAGUUGCUUCAGCACUGUCAAUGAACUUGUGAAGACCAAAAUGAUCAAGGGAGCUCCAGUGCAUCAAUAUGUACUGAAGAUGAUUGGAUUCAUUGAACAAUUGGAGAACUUAAGUACUCCACUUGAUGGAGAAUUGGCCCAAGACUUCAUCAUCGCUUCUCUUUCUAAUUCGUUCUCACAGUUCGUAAUGAACUACAAUAUGAACAAGAUGGAUAACACUCUUUCUAAAUUACUAAAUAUGUUAGUAACCGCCGAGAGGACUAUGAAGAAAAAGAGCGUUGUAGGGACGGCAACUGUGGUCCACAACAAGCCAUCCAGUGCCAAGGCCAAGCCGAAAGGCAAAGGCAAGGGGAAAGAGAAGAAUUCAUCCAUGAAGGAAAAAUUUUAUCCUAGCUAA